GUGACGGUGUCUCCCCGUCGCCUGUCCUGUCAUAGUCCUGCCACAGUCCAGUCAGUGCCCGGUCCAGUCUCCAGCCCAGUGUCUCUUUUCUUUCGCACCCUCCACGUACCCGUCUUACACUUUCAGCCUUGUCGGUCUGAGGCUCGGAAUUUCUGUCCCGCCCUCCCUUGUCCCAUUCUUCGGCUCUGAGCGAACAAGCCUCAGCACGACACCUCCACGUCCGCCAGCCCGCGUUCUGUGACGCCAGUGGUUCUUACGGUUAUUCUGUCUUUGGCACCACUCACAACGCGCUCGUGUCGGCCUCCGAGCACUUUUGUUCUGUUAACGAGCAAGGCCCCACCCUGGGCUAGCCUGACGUGCUGGUCGCAGGGCAAAUUACUACUCACGCACUGCUGCGUAGCUAUUUCAAAUUUUGGAGGUGAAGUGGCAGGAAGAGGAAGCACACUACCAAUGUAUCUGACUAACGGUCGUAAAACUAAUGAAGUUUUUAUGAGGAGGACUGCUUGUAGGCUGACAAUUCUCCAGAUCGUGGACGAAGGUGGAGAGGCGGGAAGCACUCAGGCGUCGAAGCCAUACAUGAUAUUGCAGUACGGGCAGGAGGGUGACGACGCCGACGCGGAUGGGCGGCGCCCUCAGCAAGCAGAAAACGCUCUCUGAUUUUUAUACUUGUCGCCGGCCGCAUGUCAUCAUGUCGCUAAACCCUUGUCGUUCUUCUUGGAGGCAAAAAAAUACAUAGUCAUAGACGGGUGUACAAGAAGUCCACAAAGGUCUCGUGGAUGAUCGAAUACAUUCAGUAGAACUGAUUUUUUCGACGUAAUUGUAGUCUGAAGACUGUGAAGAUCAUAUGUACAUGACGCAGGAAAGAAACACGACAUCGAGGAAAUUGUAGUAUAACUUUAGAAAGUAUGAG